AUGCGUCUACUGAAUGGUACACUUGGAGGAUUCACAUGGGCGAUCGGUAACCUGCUUGGAUUAACUACUUCAUGUCGAGGAAUUGAUCUGUAUCUUUCCUUAAUCAUAUAUACACUUAUUUUUCAUUCUAUAUCAUCUCCAUAUAUCUCACAUCUCAUAUCUUCUGUGAUUCAUCGAUCAUAUAAUAAACUUCUCAGUUCUCACAUAUCUCAUAGCUUUUCUCUCUAUCUAUACAAACUAGCAUACAUCAUGAAUCAAGAACGCAAUAACACAGCUCCAACACCAAAAGCUUCGUUAUUAUUGAUGGAAGAUAAACUAUGCAAGAGAGGAUCAGUCAUUUCAAGAAACUCCUCGGUCGGAGUCUCUUCUAGAAUCUUUUAUUAUUACCAUCAUCGGGGUCUCGACGGUGGUGUUCCUUUCAAGUGGGAGAUGCAGCCAGGAACUCCGAUCAAUCCUCAGCCGGAAGAAAUAGUUCCUCCGCUUACUCCUCCUCCGGCGCUUCUCGGCCGUAGCCUCACUAAACCCUCCUUCGGAGAUUCUAAUAAACAUUCUCUCUUUCCAGCGAAUCUUAAGCUUUGGAAAUGGAAGCAUCUUCGUAAUAGAUACUUCUCUAAAUGGUCAAGCCAAAGCAUGCUUAGUCAAGACUAUAAGAAUGCUCGUCACGGUGAUUCAAGCUCUUGUGGAGAAUCGGAGAGAGUUGAGCUGUCUGAGGAUUACAGGUCUAUGAGCUCUUCUUCUUCUUCAUCGUCAUCUUCCUCAAAAGAUCGAAGAUUGGUAAAGGCAUCACCACGUCAAUGGUUUAGCGGUGGUUCACCUCGGAAAUUAAAGAAUAUUCGUACCGGUAUUCGUUAGAGUUCUUUUCUUGAAUAAUUCGUAUUGUACCAAAUUAGAAGUUAGAUUUCAAGGAUAAAAAUGAAAAAGAAAAUAUAGAUUGCGUUGGCAA